AUGCCCGAAUUUACUGGAUACGGGUCACUCGGGUGGGGCGGUGGAUUUACCGAGAUGGGUCCAAUCGGUUCUAUCAAACCUUGGAGGAAGGCUUAUUAUAUAGCCUCUGAUGGCAUAUGGGACGCUCUCUCUUCAGAAGUCGCAGCGAAAACUUGUCGUGGAUUACCUGCGGAACUUGCUGCUAGACAAGUAGUCAAGGAAGCGUUGAGAAGGAGAGGACUUAAAGAUGACACAACCUGCAUUGUGGUUGACAUAAUCCCACCUGAGAACUCGCAAGAACCAUUACCUUCUCCUCCUAAGAAACACAACAACUUCUUUAGAUCAUUGCUCUUCAGAAAGAAAUCGAAUAAGCUCUCCUCUGUUAGUAUCGUUGAAGAGCUUUUCGAAGAAGGCUCUGCGAUGCUUGCAGAAAGGUUAGGAUCAGGUGAUUGUUCUAAGGAAGAAGCAACAGGAGGAGGAGGGAUAUUCACGUGUGCUAUAUGUCAACUAGACUUGGCUCCAAGCGAGGGAAUAUCAGUCCAUGCGGGUUCGAUCUUCUUGACGAGUUUAAAGCCGUGGCGAGGACCGUUCUUGUGCACAGACUGUCGUGAUAAAAAGGAUGCUAUGGAAGGGAAACGUCCAAGUGGAGUUAAAGUCAUAUAG